AUGCUGGGGCUUCGAUCAUGGCCUUGCUGCUCAUUUCUCCUCUUUUUGGUUCUGCUCUCUGCCAGCGUUCAGACUGUGUCCUUACCAGGACAGAGGCUACAGAUGCUCCUUUCACGACUGCUGCCCCUGGAGCCCGAGUCCACGCUGACCGAAGAGGACACGAAGGAGGGGUCCAGCUUCGGUCCUCAGCUGCUCUCCUCUACUCUCCCCUUCCACCCGUCAGGGGCUAGAGCUGCCCGUCCAUCCCUCUGGCGCAAGAACCUCGCCAGUCGCAAGUGGGCACUGCCUGGAGAUUGGGCCUGGAAGGCCAUGCCAAGGGGCUGCUUCGGGCUGAAACUGGACCGAAUCGGGACCUUCAGUGGUUUGGGGUGCUAGCUUUGGAGGGCCUCCGAGGUCCCUUCGGAUACUGGAUACUACUCCAUCCAAUUGGGCAAAGGCUGCAGCCGGGGCGGGUGGCUACCUGCCCUUCGUUAUCAGGUGAAAACAGCGCAUACCAUCCUCCGGAGCAGCAGCGAGCCCGGCAGC